AAUUCAGUUCACGAAGGAUAGUAUCGUGUAGCUAGUAUCGCUUGUAAAGUUUGUUCAAAUUUAUUUCAGAAUGACUAAGAGAAUAUAUUUUAAUUACGCGUUAUGAUUGGCUUAGAGCGUCGAUCGGUCGAUGCUGAUUGCUGGAUUGCAACCAAUAGGAACGGAGCACAUUUCUUAUUGGUCCGCGGUUCAAACAAUCAGGAUGAAUUAUUUGAAGCUGCUCUUCCAUUCUAGAAUACACCUAGGGAAAUUUCAUUUUUAUAUGUUGGCAUGACUGACGAUAUCCAAAAUUUCAAACUUCGAUAUCCCAAAUUUGAAUCUUGAAUUAAAGAAUAUUAUGUGAAUAAUAAGAGGAUGAAUAUUUUGGAGAAUAAAAUUGCUUUCACAAACAAUAACACAAAAAAUACUACUUCGAAUUCUCUUUUGAUCGCAUAUGAAAAUAAAAGAGUAGAAUUGAAGAUGAUAAAAGAUACAAUAAGUAUGUAUCAGAAUAGUUUUUUGGAAAAGGAAAAAGUAUUAAAAGAGGAACAACAAAAGCUGGAGAAAUUGAAUUCUCAAGUGUCCUUAGUAGAGGAUUUAUUUUGCGAACAAGUAUGGCAAUUUUCUCACGAACAUAAUUUGUCUGGUAUCUUUAAAUAUUAUCCCUUCUUUAAUAUGGAAACUGAUUGCACAAAGCAAAUAAGGAACUAUGAUAAAGACGAUGUCGAAAAAAGUUCGGAAGUGACUGAUCUCAUAAAUAAAAUUGAUACAAUCAGAGCGGAAAUAAUUAGUUUUAAUCGUGAUGAAAAAAAUAUCAAACAAGAGGUGGAGAGUGCUUUGAUGGACUUAUGGAAAUUACAAUUAAUUGCAAAUGAUAUUACCGAAUUACUGCGGCUGAUAAAUCCUUCAGAAUCUUCAUGCGAACCUGCGACAUCAAUAUUAAUAUAUGACGAAAUAAUUCCUUAUGGUGUAAAUAAAAUCAGACGACUCAUGAGUGAUUCAGAUCGCCAAAAUUCGAUGAACAAGAAAACAUGCAACAAUCAAAAGGAGUUGUUAAAAGAUGUGAAAAAUAAAUUGUGCCUGAAAAAAGACACAAAUUUUAGGUCUACUAAAAAAGUAACAAUUCGUCGACAAGCGUCUUUUAAAAAUUAUCCUGAAUUGUCUCUUCAAAAGAGUAUCGUGCUUACUGCGAGAACACCAGCAAUGACGAAUGUAUCUAAAGAGUCCACGUGCAGCGAAAAAUUUGACAAUUUUACCCUAAAGAAACGCAGUGAGAUUUCUAUCAAAUUUGAACAACAUCGUCAACAUAUGUAAUUAAUAAUUAUAAUUACAUUAUAAAUGU